UUCGCGUUGAUGGUACUGUUCCGUGCGACUUGUCGCAAGCUACCAGCAACGAAUGGAUGACUAAUAACCCAUCAGCACACAGUGUCACGGUACCAACCAGAGGAGCUACAGGUGCAAUGUCCUCCCAGGUGAGGGGCAGGGGCAACCUACCUGUCGCUCGCACACUGGCCACAACAUUCAGUGCCUGCGAAUGGCACUGGAAGAAUUCACGGGGUUCUUCGCACACCCGUGGACUUUGAGUGCCAUCCUCAGAGCCCUUGUCCGCUACGACGGCGCGCCAAAGGACGACCAAGCACCCAAACACCUUUCUAGGAAAUGUGGUGAGUGUACGUGGUGUGGCCAUCUGCAGAAGUACUAUCGCCAAGGUGCUGGAACUGCUGGAAUCUCUUCGGCGUCAGUUGGACGGUGCUGGCAUUCGUGCCCUCGCCAACAUGCUAUUAAACUAACGGGACCAAACAGUGAUGAACUUUAAUCGCGCGAUCACGAGAUGAUCCGGUUGGGAAAGGAGCUCGAGGGCCACGCAUAGCAUAUGCUGUUCUUGGUUCGUCUGCCACAAUGGCUGUUGGUACCACAAUGGUACUCUUGGUCUUGGCAAUGGCCGUGUAAGAUGCAGCCGUUCCGCUUCAGUCGACGAGCGUCCGGGAAACGCGCUCGGAGUUGUCAGUCCGUAACACGCCGCCCCCCGAUGCCCCCGCGCUGUUCCGCUCCGGUGCCCGUCCGGGCCCGCAUGACCGACUCAUUAUCCCACCAGAACUUGGAUUGAGAUGAGACUAUACCCUAUGUCAGGUCAGGACAGGUCAAGUACUUACAUAACAUAUACAGUCGCGGCCAGAAAAUCUUGGAGAUCAAUGUCAUUCCAGUGUCACAAAGUAUGAAACACCUUUUUAAGUAUUGUAACUUUAUAUAUACAUAUUUUUAGUUUUGUCAUUUUUGACACUGCGAGCAUGCUAAUACUGCAUGCACGUGACAAAUACUUUAAACUUCAAACGUCAAAGUGACAAUAAAGUCUAGACUACAUUCAAAUUUUUUAAAUGACAGAAAAAUUAUGUCCUAAAUGAUUUGUUCGCCACUGGAUAUCUAUAUAAAGUCGCGAUCUUUUCUAUAGAACCACUCCCUAGUGUAAAUUUUCAAAAUUUGUUUGGUGUAAGUGACCUUGACGGGUUUCUGGGGGAAAACAUAUGUGUCAAAAAUUUGACAGGUUAGAUGGCCCCAUUGUUAAUGUAGAUAUUUUAUUUUAAUAAAUAGAUGAACAGAACAUACAGUCUGCACGGGAUACAGUGCGGCAUAUUUGAGGGCAACCGAAACAUUCGUGUUGUGCUAGUUUCGAUUGCCAUAUCAACUACCGCUACCAACCGCGUUCGGCGUAAAGUACUAGAUGACAGGGCUAUCAACUUGACUUUUUAUCGAGUGGUUCCGUAGAAAUGACCGCUAC